GCACGUCAGUAACCGCCCCCCUCUCCAGGCCUUUUAAUUGGCUCCAAGACUCUUCGUUUCUUUCAGCGGGUUGGUGGACGGAGGGACAAGUGCAUGCGCUUUCCCUCCUUCCCGCUCCAAUGCCCAAUAAAGUGGCUCUUCGAAUAUUACAUUAGAAAAGCUCUGACGGUGCCCCUCCCUUUCUUCUUCUCAGCCUUCUGUUUCGGCUGUGGCAAGUGUGGCCAUCAACGUGGGGAGCGGAAGCUGUUCUGCUCCUCUUCGAACGAAUUGCGUUGAGGCAGGAACAGGAGUGAAAGCGCGCCCGCGGCGGCAGUUUAAGCCUGGACCUCUGCUACCCACAAGAGAACGGAAACGGCGGGUACCCAGUCGAACGUAAAGAGCACGCGAGGCUGCUGAGCGCGCCGAAUUCUCACUGCCCUUUCUCCUCUCCCCUCAACCAUUGAGGUUUUGGGGAUCGCUGACUGUCCUUAAGGAGACGCGACUGGUCAGUCCGUCAGUCAUAUCCGGUUUGAACCGGAGCGUGAGGAGGAGCUACCGCCGCCAUCGCCAUGGCAGAAACCGAGGAGAGGAGCUUAGACGACUUUUUCGCGAAGCGAGACAAAAAGAAACGGAAAGAGAAAAGCAGCCGAGGAAGUGCCGCUGCCGCGCCUUCCUCGGCUGCCUCUUCCAAUGCCCCUGCCGCGGGUGUGACUGGGGGAAGCCGGCAAGCAGAAGGCGCCCAUGGGGCCGCCUCUAAUGCUAACGCGGCCACUGGCACUGCUAAGGCGGCAAACAAGGAGGAGGAUGACUGGAAAGAAUUUGAGCAGGAAGAAAUAAUUGACUACAGUGGCCUCAGAGUUCAGUCCAUGCAAAUUAGUGAAAAAGAAGAAGAAGAAAGUGAUAAAAAAGAAGAACCAAGGGAUAACAGUGAGGAACCAGCUGGAAGUGUGGAGAAAUCAUCUGGUCCUUGGAAUAGGUCUGCUCCUACACAAAUACCUGUUGCUGAAAUUAUUGAAAAUCCAGAGCCAGUGCAAUCCAGUGGAGUAUAUAGGCCACCUGGUGCAAGAGAAGGCAGGACACGAAAAGUGCCACAAGGUCCCCCAGAGAUCUAUAGUGAUACACAAUUUCCAUCAUUGCAGUCCACUGCCAAGCAAGUAGAUACUAGAAAGGAUAAAGAAAUGGAGAAGAGCUUUGAAGUAGUAAAACACAAAAAUAGAGGUAGGGAUGAGGUUUCAAAAUCUCAGGCAACUAAACUUCAGCUAGACAACCAAUAUGCUGUGCUUGGGGAUCAGUAAAUCUGCACACAUAUUUCAAUUAAGGAAUGGUUGUUUGAUACCCUUCCACUCUUAAGGUAACUAAACUACACCAAUUAUGAACAUGCCGUCUUGUUUCUGCUGGAUCUUCUACAACAAGUGCAGACUACUUUGACGUAAGUGAUUGCUUUUCUGCACUUUGAAAGUAUACUUAAUUUGGUACACCUUUGUAUUAUAAGGGAAAUUAAUGUAAAUUGUUAAACAAGAGUUCCCGGUGUUUUGAUUCCUCUCCAGCCAGUGGUUAUUUCAAAUUUUUUUAUGUUCAGAUACUGAGCCUUCGUAAAGGUUGCCUACCUCAGACUUGCUGCACUCAUUGUGGAUACCAUGUGGAUCACAACUUCUGGAAAAGGUUACAACUCUUUGGUGGCCAUCUGAAACUCGAAACCAGCUCUACUGGAUUCCUCUAAGAAAUCCUGCAGAAGUCAGCCAUUUGAGUUGAUAAUAUAAAUAACAAAUUUAAGUGACCUUAAAUGUGCCCCAUUUAUUAUAUCCUUUCACAUGUAGCCAUAAUUUACUAGGAACCUUUAAUGCACAAAGAUUUUAAAAAAAUAUGCAGCAUAGUGUUGAGUUUUUUUUUAAAUUUAGUUAUCAGAAAAUAAAUACAUAUCCAGAUAGAAAACUUAUGGACACUAGUCUGUGUAUUAACUGGUUUCAUCUGUGUAAACUCUUCAUUUGAAAAAUAGCUCUCCAGUUUUCACAAAUUGCAAUAUAGUCAUGUAGUUGCAUGGAAUAUGCAACUAUAUAUACUUUAUUGGAUCUCAGUGAGUUAGAUUUUCAUUAGAUAAAUGGUCAAUGAAU